GGGGUGCGGUGAGCCAAAAGGACAGGACGAAUAUCACAGACUAAUAAUCCACGAAUAUACUCAUCACUCUUGUCUCUUUGGACCACAUAGCGAAACAGUCAAAAACCAUUCGAAAACCUUGCCAAACCUUGCGAAAACCAGCAAAAUGUUGUGAUAUGGGUUCUCUGUAGCUAAGAUUAUUCUGUAUUAGGGUAAAUAAAGGUGCACAAUAAUGGAGGAAGAAAUAGAUGAUUUGAAGUCGGUGCUGCGAUCGCUCGUGGUGUCGAGCCCGACGCGGAUGGACGCACGAUCGCUGCUGAGGGACUACCGGAACAUGGUCGGCACGCACCUGCCGACGGCGAAGUUCGGCUUCAGGGAUCCUAUAGCUUUCCUCAGAGAACGUUUUAGUGACUGCUUCUUGUUUCAGGGACCCUCUGCCAAUCCUGAGCUGACACUGAUAGUGACAGAAAAUCUAAAGCAUGUUGAUGAACAUGUCCAGAGACAAAAAGUUUCUGCCACCAAUAAGUAUAAAGUGAAACGUAGGAGUGUAUCUGCGGCUACAGUUCGGCCAAGUCAAGGUCUGAUAGCGGAUACAUUCAGCAAUGGAUGGAGCAGAACCAAAAGACUGGUGACCAGUAGCCGGCAGAACGGGGAGUACACAGAUAGUACAGACAGUUCUACAGACAACCAUGCAACCAUUAAACACAAUGGUGAACCAUCAACACACCGUCAAGUCAACUCACAGGAACAGCCCCGUGAUCGCAGGGAUUCCUUCAGAGAUGACGACUCGGGGCGGCUGACUGCUUCAAGCUCCAGCAGCGGCGGCAAGCGUGCACAACUAGAGGAGUUGAAAAAGGAGGUGCUGGAUCUUGUGUUGGAACAUUCCAGUGGACUUAUGUGUACAGAGCUGAUGAAAGUAUACAGCGAGCGUCACGGGCGUGAGCUGAACUUCACGCGGUUCGGGUACACGAGCAUCCUGAGCCUGGCCGGCAGCGUGCGCGGCGUGACGGUGACGGCGGACGGCGCGCGCGGCGACUGGCUGCUGAGCGACGCUGCGCGCGCGCCGCCGCCGCGCCCGCCGCCGCCGCGCGUGCUGCCGCGCGCGCCCGCCCGCCCCAGCCUGCCCGCCGACCCCGAGGAGGCGCUGCCGGGGAUCCCCUAUGCCCCGGACGUGUUCCCCGAGGACUGCAUGGGGCUGGCGGACAGCAUCCCGGCCGCCAGCCUGGCGGGCUUGGCCGUGGGCGACGAGUUGGAGGUGGCGGUGGGCGAGGUGUACUCGCCCAGCCACUUCUGGCUGCAGCGCCUGGGCGACGAACACAACAUCGCCAUGGAGAACAUGAUGGACGACAUGAACCGCUACUACGAGCGCGGCGAGGGGAAGCACCGGCGGCUGUCGGCGGCCGCCGUGCGCGUGGGCUUCUACUGCACCAGCCGCUACGACGGCGACUGGCACCGCUCGCUCAUCGUCCGGAUACUCGACGUCGACACUGUCAAGGUGCGGCACGUGGACUACGGCACGGUGGAGCGCUGCGCCGUGAGCGCGCUGCGGCCGCUGCGGCGCGAGUGGAGCGCGCUGCCGGCGCAGGCCAUCCGCGGGCGGCUGGCGAACGUGCGCCCCGUGGCCGGCGGCCGCCGCUGGCCGCUCGCCACGAGCCUGCACUUCCUGAAUUUAAUUCAAUGGAAGCCUCUCAUCGCGCGGGUGAAGGCGCUGGACUCGCAGACCGACAUGCUGGAAGUGAUCCUCAUCGACACGUCUACCGAGGACGACUGUUGCAUCGCCACCCAGCUCAUCACCGCCGAGCACGCCGACCGCCGCACCGACCCUGCGCUCGGGACGUCGGAGUGUUACCUGUACCCGCACUUCGAGGCGCUGGAGAGCGGCGCCACGCCCAACUUCGAGGAGGUGAACGCCUACGUGCGCGACGGCAUCGAGCUGGACUUCGUGGACGACUACCGGAACCACGUGCCGCCCUGCCUUCCGCCCGCGGACGAGCAGUCCGCUGCGCCCGCCGCCGACGCGGCCCAGCAGACCGCGGCGCCCGCCGCCGACGCGGCCCAGCAGACCGCGGCGCCCGCCGCCGACGCGGCCCAGCAGACCGCGGCGCCCGCCGCCUGCGCCGGCGACAUCCUCGCGCUGCAGCUGCCCGUGCCCGAGCUCCAUCGCGCACAGGCGAGCUACAGCCCUACUGCCGCAAUACUGCCGAUUGACGGCAUGUGGCUGACGGGGACUGAUUUGUGCUGCUAUUUGACGCUGCAUCGCCAGAACCCCGACUGGGGACACUAUUUCUUGAUGAGCGCCAUGACGCGCGCGUGGAACGUGUCCCGCCUCAACCCGAACGCGCACGACUUCCGCCUGACGCCGCCCGGCUACACAGAUAAUAACUCCACCUCGUAGUUACUUUGUUUAUUGAUUGCUAUUCAAAGCACUGACGAUCCUUAUCGAGUUAUCAAUAUAUUUAGGAUCUACUUCACGACCGCCAGAUAAACUUUAUCUAACGGACAAAUUUGUCAUUUUGACAGAUCCCCAAUACAAAAACUGACAUAACGUCCAAUUUAUUCGUUAGAUAAAGUUCACCUGGAAGUUGUGAAACUGGCUCUAAGAAUAGUGCCUUCAGUGUCAGUACAGUAUGUACUACCAUUUUUAUAAGUGACGCAAAUGUCUCAGCCAAUCAUAGCGUGCGACUAUACCUACGCUUGCGCGCCAUGUUUUGUACGCGCGAAUUAUUGAGCGAGAUAGCACGAGUAUCUGUUGUUCUUGCUUUAACCCGACUACGGCAAAGCCGAAAGGAAGGGUUGUUAGUCUUAACGUUAGGCAAUAAGGUCUAUAUUUCAUUGGUGUACCAAUCGGUUUAGUCAGCGUUAGGUUGCGUUUCUCUACGCAAACGAAUUUUGCAGAUUUGACUUAUAAACGUGGUAGUAGGUACUGUACAUAUGUAGCCGCUCAUACUAGUAGUUCGCGGUAUUAUGCAAUUAGAAAAAAACUGUGAUUGGUGUACCAUGUUAUUUUUUGUGUAAAGUUUUAGACUUUGUGAGUCUAGUCUUAAAGUGACUCCGGUACUUUUAGUGUUUAAGAAACGAGUUACAUAGUUUGUAAGAAGCCUGAUUCUCGGUACUCAUUUUUAAAGGGAACGUUUUGAUUCUCGCAUUUUUUUCCUAUAGUUGUAAGAGCAACAGAGUUGUUAUUCUAAGCUAAUAUUCUGGUUGUGUCGCUAAUCCUGUAAACACAAUCUCUAAACUAAACUAAAUUGACAGGUCUAAAUCUACUACUGCUAUUCUUUUCCACAGGGAGUGUUAUGAAAGGGAUAACAAUACAUUAAACUUGUCAUUUUAGUUUAAAGAUGGUGUACAACAGAUUUAGUUGCAUAUCCUUCAUGAAACAUUAUACUUAUUUAGUAGUACCUUUUGUUAACUGACAUUUGUAUAAGUACAGUGCGUAGGUACAUUAUGAGAUCGCAUUCGCCAUUUUAGCGCAGUGUCUCAAACAUCAUGUCAAAAUACAGUUCACCUUUGAAUGAAGGACUCAAAUUGUACUUUUGACAUGAAAGUUGACACAGCGCUAAAAUGGCGAGUGAGAUAUCAUAAUGUAUCAUUGUACAUUAUUUUGCAUUAAAUAUAAUAAUUAUAGAAUAACUUGUGAGAUGGAAGUUAUAUAGAGCAUACUUUGGCUUUAUUCAAAUUCAAAAAGACGGUUAAGAGCUCGCUUCAUCGAAGCGAUAACUCAUUGGCGG